AUGAGGUAGUUCUAGUGAAAAUUACUAAUUUUUUUCACAAAGUAUUCAAAUUCCCUUGAACUCGGUUGAAAAUGAGCCAACUAUAUAAACCACGGUCGCGUCCAAUCGGUCUCACUCUUUUUGGAGUUUUAAUUGCUGCUGGUCUGUUUCCGUUGCUGCUGGAAUUGUCGGAUAUUGUCUGGCCAUUUAAAGAUCGGCCAGAACAUCUGAACCUUGCCUGAAGUAAGUAUUUUCAUAUUAUGGUUUUUUCUUGUGUUUGGUCGAUGAAGAAUAUGUCAUUUGCUUCAGUAUGGAAGUCCCUGCGACUCUGACAUCGUUCCAAGAGCCGGCCUUAGCUUUCGUUGAAAACUCUUCAGUUGGCGUCACGUCCUCCUCGGCCCAUGAUGGUAUAACCACUUCAUCUUUGCCCGAUUCGACUGAUCCUGCUGCUUCCGAACUCUCCAAUUCUCGUCCUCCAACUGAUCGUGGUUCGGUUGGACAGCCCGAUCUGGAUUCGUUAUCCUCGGCUUCUGGCCCCAAACGACAUGGAGAUGUCUUGUUGGUGGACGACAAUGAUCAUGACUCCUAUUCCUGCGAUGAAUCAGUCGUUAGCGAGAGCGAAGAUGAAAUUGAAGUCGCCAAGGUGAGUAACGAUUUGUUUUGUGCAAUUUUAGGUAACAUUGUGUAAUAUGAAAGUUGCAGGCCAAGUUGUCUAUGUUGAAAUUGGAGGAGCCUGUCAUUGAAGACUCUCAUCAGUAUGCUCAAGCCAUUGUCUGUCGUCCAGCUGUUGGUCAAAGAGGUCGUGUGAUUCCUCUCCGAGCCAAUUUUUUUGAAAUUCGCAUUGCCGAUAAUGGCCUCCCAAUCCACCAAUAUCACGCUGAAAUCCACCAUCCUGGCAUGAGAACGCUCGAUCGGCAAGUUUGUUUAUUAUUUUCUCGUUUCAAUUUUAGAUGAACCUCUAAAUGGAACUUUAUGUUUUUAGCGAUGAAUCUCGUAUGAUCUUCUGGAAGAUUGUUGAAGACAACCCUCCCAUUUUCCGUCAGCACUUUGCGGUUGCCUAUGAUGGCGGCCAUCAGAUGUAUACAACUGAACGGCUUCCUUUUGGUGAUUCCAUCACCCUCGAGACCCAUGUUUGUCUGGCUCGGGACUCUUCAAGAGGCACCAGAUGUGGAAUUACCCUUCGUUACACUGGAUCCAUUCUUCUGGAAGAUAUGAGCAAGACCCAAAGGAGUCUUAACGAUGGUACGGUAGCUCCGCUGCAAGUUUUGGACAUUGUGAUUCGCCAAGCAUUGACCUGCCCCUUGUACAAGUAAGCGCGCAAACAUGGCAAAGACUUCUGCAUUGCUGAUUGAUUUUUUUGAUAUAUUAAUUGGAUUUGUAUUUUUUUAGCAAAUCCAAGUUGUUCUACUCCUGGAAGAAUUCUUGUUAUCGCCUUCCCGGAAAUGGUCAUCCAGCCCUGAAUUUGGAAGGAGGAAAGGAAAUGUGGACUGGAUUCUUUACUUCGGCCACUCUCGGUUCGGCCUUCCGUCCUCUGCUGAACGUUGAUGUUGCCCAUACCGCCUUUUACAAGCCACGUAUGAGUUGCAUCGAGUUCUUGUGUGAGAUCCUGAAUGAACGUUCUCAUGGAUACGACACUCGCCCCCAACGUGGUCGACGUCAAGAAGGAAUCAGUGGAUUGUCGGUGAGUUUGUUUCGUUCUUGUGUUAUGAUUUUAGGCUGAUCGUCUCCAUGCCGACUCUUGUCUCUCGACCAAUGAACUCCGUUUCUUUGCCGAAUCUAUGAGAGGUCUCCGAGUGCGCGCUUCCUACCAAAAAGGGUCAGUCCGUGUCUACCGUGUGAAUGGCGUCAAAGGUCCGGCCAAUGUUAUGUCAUUCCCCACCCGAGACGACGCUGGAAAUGAGGUCAUGGUUACUGUAGCCGACUAUUUCGCCGCUCGCUAUCAUCGGCUUGAAUUUCCAUCUCUGCCUUGUCUUCAUGUUGGUCCUCCCGCUAGAAAUAUCUUGUUGCCACUCGAGGUGUGCAUCUUGGAUUCGCCUCAGAAGUUCACUCGCAAGUUGACUGAUCGUCAGACUUCGACAAUCAUCCGGGUGAGUUUACUAUUGAGGAAAAGCAGUUUUCUUUUGUUUAGGCCUCAGCUGUUGAUGCGAUUCAACGCGAACACAACAUUGAAAACCUGUGCGAGAUGGCCGGGUUCCGUGAUGAUCCUUUCCUCCAGUCUUUUGGGAUUCGUGUUGACACCAAGAUGAUUGAGACUGUUGGCCGUGUCCUACCCCCUCCUCAAAUCUCCUAUGGAAUCCAAAAACAAGAUAUCAUCACCCCAAAGGAUGGAGCUUGGCCAGUGGAGCAUCAGCGUCUCUAUGUUCCGGCGGAAUGCCUGUCUUAUUCGAUCUUUGCGUUGGUUAAUCCCAAGGAGCAGCCCGUCCUCCAAAAGUUCUGUCAGUUCCUUGGUCAGAAGGCUCAACAGAUGGGAAUGAACUUUCCCCAAUGGCCGGAGUUUGUUCGCUAUGGCCGGGAUGUUAAUGAUAUUGAACGCAUGUUCCAUCAGACCGCGAGAGAUUACCGCAGUUCCGGAAGACAAUGUGAUUUGGUCAUUGUCGUGCUGCCCUCCAAGAAUUCGGAUUUUUACAGUGAGUUUUUGUGAUCAAUUCAUGAAUUAUUAGGCUAUCGAUUGAUUUAUAAUAAUUUUUCCUCUGCAGUGACCAUCAAGGAGCUCUCGGAUAUGCGUUAUGGUGUUAUGUCUCAAUGCAUUCUCUUCAAAUCAACCCAGCGUCCAUCUCCAGCCACUUGUGCCAAUCUGGUCCUCAAGAUGAAUAUGAAAUUGGGUGGAGUGAACUCUCGUUUGGUUGCCGAUCAAAUCACCGCCAAAUACUUGGUCGAUCGUCCAGUUCUGGUCCUCGGAAUCGAUGUUACCCAUCCUACCCAGGCCGAGGAACGAAUUGGCAUGCCCUCGGUGGCUGCUGUUGUCGGAAACUUGGAUAUGAUGCCCCAAAGCUAUGGAGCUAACGUAAAGGUGAGUUUGUAGGGUUGGCAUCAUUAUAUGCGGUCUUGUAGGUUCAACGCCGCUGUCGUGAGUCGGUUGUCUAUGUGACUGAGGCUGUCCGUGAGCGUCUGUUGGCCUUUAUGGCUGCAACUCAUCGUCAUCCCGAGAGAAUCAUCGUCUACCGUGACGGAGUUUCGGAUGGUCAAUUUGCUGAGGUGCUCCGAGAAGAACUCAAUGGAAUCCGAGCUGCUUGUGGAAUGAUUUCGCAGGAUUACAACCCUCCAAUCACUUAUGUUGUGGUUCAGAAGCGGCAUCAUGCCCGGAUCUUCUGUCAAAACCAGCGGGACAUGGUCGGUCGAGCCAAGAAUGUCCCUCCAGGAACCACUGUUGACACUGGAAUCGUCUCCGCCGAUGGAUUCGACUUUUAUUUGUGCUCCCACUUUGGAAUUCAAGUAGGAUAUUAUGGAUUUUUUGUAGUCUUUUUUAUUCUAGGGAACUUCCCGUCCCGCCCGCUAUCACGUCCUGUGGGAUGACAACAAGUUCAGUGCUGAUGAUCUGCAGGCCAUGACCUACCAUCUUUGUUACACUUAUGGUCGCUGUGCUCGUUCCGUGUCGAUUCCCGCGCCGGUUUAUUACGCCGAUUUGGUCGCCAACCGUGCUCGCUGUCAUUUGAAGCGUCAUAUGUGAGUCUUACAUUUUGACUGUUGUGAUGUCGUUGUUUUAGCUGCGACAUUCGUGACGGAGGCUCAUCUUGUGCUACCACUUCCACCCGCGGUCCCCAACCCUCCCAUCACGAGAACAACAAUGAUUCCCAGAUGCAGAACUUUGUCGCAGUUACCGAGUGCUUCAAGCAACGCAUGUACUUUGUCUAA